CGCAGGGGCUCCCUUCCGCGGUGUGAGGCCGGCCCGGCGUGACCCUCGCCUGACCCAGGUGAGAUCCUGCGCCGGGGAGAGCCGGCCGGGCGCCGCCGUCUCCCGACGGCCGCCGUGGGGCCUGCGCGGCCCUCCGGCGAGCCCGACUCCGGGUCUCCGGCGCCUGCGCCCCUCGCGCCCCGCCGAACCCGCGUCGUGUCCGUGCUCCGGCCGCGGCGGGGUUGCGGCCGUUGGCCUCGGGCCCCGCGCCCCCUGCGCCUUCGGGGCUCCGGUGUAGCCUGUCCGGCGGGAGAGCCGCCGCCUGCGCUGCGGUGCGGGCCCCAGGAGGACCGGCCCGGAUCCCGCCGCGUUCCCGCGCUCGGGGUGCCCGCAACCACGGGGCUUGAGCCUCUCUCCGGGAUCCCAGCGCGCCGCGGGGCCUGCGCUGCGGGCUCGAGGCCCUUCUCGUCCUUACCGUCCACGUCUCAGGACACCCGGCCAGUUCGACGUCGCUUCUCCUCUGCGGAGUUCCCUCUCUCCGUCUUUCUGCUGCUGCCUUAAGACUUUCUGAUUUCUGGCCUGGGUUACUGUAACCUUUCUCCUGGUUUCCAGCCUUGCCCCGACGUGGGCCCGGGAGAAGUCUUUGUAAAGUGGGUAGCUGGCCAUGUUCCUCCUAAGCACUGAAUUCUUAAAAGUCAAUUUUUGGGGAUAAAAUUAAGACUUUUGGGGCAGACGUAGGAGGGUCUGGGCUCGUGCUCGGCCUCUGCAGGCCCCCGUCCACCUUCUCUUCCGCGCACUGAGCUCGGCUCUGGGCGCGUUUGCCUCGCUGGGCUUCUGAAAGGCUCCUGCACUCUGCCUGGAAGGGCUCGGCUCUGCAGGUGCCUCCUCCGGGACUGACAUCCUUGCUGAGUUCUGCUCCACUGUCCACCUCGUUGGCCUCAUCCUGAGACUGCUCCUGCUUUUUGUUGUGCAGCUGUGCUGGGAGCAGUGGGAGCCGUUUGCUUCCUAGCUUAUGUUCUGGUGGGAGAGAGACAGUUGCUCCUGGAAGUUCCGCGAGAUGCUCCCUGCAAAGCUGUCCUUGCUUCUGUUUGGUCUGAGUUGUUGCUGGAGGUGGAAGCUUGGCGAUUUGCCUCCCUUCUUCCCAUGGAGGACAGAGGUGUAACGGCCUUUGAAGAGGACCAGAGAUGCCUCUCCCAGAGCCUCCCUUUGCCAGUGCCCACAGACGGCCCAGCUGCUCAGACCCCUGUGGAGCCCAGCAAGUCGUUUUCCUCAGCCCACAGACAACUGGGCAGAAGGAAUGGGCUUUCCAGACUCUGCCAGAGCAGGAUGACGCUCUCCGAAGACAGAUGGAGCUCCUACUGUCUAUCAUCACUGGCUGCCCAAAAUAUUUGUACAAGUAAAGUGCACUGCCCUGCUGCCCCUGAGCACACGGACCCAGCCGGUCCCCAGGGCAGUGUGUCCUGUUGCUCCCUGCUGCGGGGACUGUCUUCAGGGUGGUCCUCACCCCUGCUUCCGGCCCCCGUGUGCAACCCUAACAAGGCCAUCUUCACCGUGGACGCCAAGACCACAGAGAUCCUGGUUGCCAAUGACAAAGCUUGCAGCCUCCUGGGGUACAGCAGCCAGGACCUGAUUGGCCAGAAGCUCACACAGUUCUUUCUGAGGUCAGAUUCCGACGUGGUUGAGGCCCUCAGCGAGGAGCAUGUGGAGGCUGACGGCCACGCUGCGGUGGUGUUUGGCACAGUGGUGGACAUCGUCAGCCGCGGCGGGGAGAAGAUUCCGGUGUCUGUGUGGAUGAAGAAGGUGCGGCAGGAGCACCGCCUGUGCUGCGUGGUGGUCCUGGAGCCCGUGGAGAGGGUCUCAACCUGGGUGGCUUUCCAGAGCGACGGGACCAUCACGUCGUGCGACAGUCGCUUUGCCCAUCUUCACGGGUUCCUGUCUGGGGAGGACGUGGCCGGGCAGCGCGUCACAGACCUGAUCCCUUCUGUGCAGCUCCCUCCUUCUGGCCAGCACAUCCCAAAGAAUCUCAGGAUUCAGAGGUCUGUUGGAAGAGCCAGGGAUGGCACCACCUUCCCUCUGAGCUUAAAACUGAAAUCUGAACCCAGCAGUGAGGAGGCGACCACCGGCGAGGCGGCCCCCUUGGGGGACUACUGGGCCUCUGUCUGGGUGUUUCGCACCAUCAGCGGCCUCAUCACCCUCCUGCCGGACGGGACCAUCCACGGCAUCAACCACAGCUUCGCACUGACGCUGUUUGGUUAUGGAAAGAGUGAGCUCCUGGGCAAGAAUAUAACUUUCCUGAUUCCUGGUUUCUACGGCUACAUGGACCUUGCGUACGACAGCUCGUUACAGCUACCAGACCUGGCCAGCUGCCUGGACGCCAGCGACGAGAGCGGGUGUGGGGAGACAACCUUGGAUCCCUGGCAGGGCCAGGGCCCAGCCGAGGGCUCCCAGGACCCAAGGAUUAAUGUUGUGCUUGCUGGUGGCCACAUUCUGCCCCAAGAUGAGGCCCGGAAGCUGGUGGAAAGCGAAGACAUCUUCACUGGGACUCAGACCGAGCCGGGAGCCGGAGGCCGGCUGCCUUCCUGCCUCUCACCUCAGCCUGCUCCAGGGGUGGACAGCGUCACAGAAGGAAGCCCGCCUGCGCAUGGUGAACAGGUGCUGCCCGGGGACCAGCACGCCACCGCCUCCGGGAGAGAGGAGCCUGCGGCAGUAGAGACCCCUGGACGGGGCCUCCCGGGAGGAAGCAGGCCUGAACCAGUGGAUGCAAAGCCGUCUGCUUCAUGUGAAGAUUCUGAAGCUCCAGUCCCAGCUGAGGAUGGGGGCAGUGGCGCUGGCCUGGGUGGCUUGUGUCAGCAGUCCCAGCGGGAGCUCACAGGUGUCAGUGGGUCAGACUUUUGGGCUGGGGUCACCAUGGCCCAGUGCCAGGCCAAGGGUCAGUUGGCGGUGGGCAGCCUCCCGAUGCACUGCCCUUGCUACAGGAGUGAACAGGGCCUGCUAUGGCGAAGCCAGGACUCGGCCCGCAGCCCGUCGGGGGUGGCAGGCAUCUCCUUAGGGACACCGACUCUAGAUGAGCCGUGGCUGGGAGUGGAAAAUGACCGAGAAGAGCUGCAGACCUGCCUGAUUAAGGAGCAGCUGUCAGAGUUGAGCCUUGCAGGAGCCCUGGACGCCCCCCACACCGAGCUCGUCCCAACAGAGUGGCCGGCUUUCACCGCUCCUGUGCUGGCCUGCGAUCCGGGAGGCAGAGACCUGUCCGGCUGCACGGGCAGCUCCUCAGCCUGCUAUGCCUUGGCCACGGACCUCCCCCGGGGCCUGGAGGAAGUGGAGGCCCAGGAGGCUGAUGUGAAUUCGUUUUCCUGGAACCUGAAGGAGCUCUUUUCCAGUGACCAGACAGACCAAACAUCAUCAAAUUGUUCCUGUGCUACGUCUGAACUCGGAGGGACACCCUCUUCCUCGGCAGUGGGCUCUGAUCCAGAUGUGGGCGGUCUCCAGGAACAGGGGUCAUGUAUCCUGGAUGACAGGGAGCUGCUACUGCUGACCGGCACCUGUGUUGACCUUGGCCGGGGCCGAGGGUUCCGAGAGAGCUGCCUGGGACGUGAUCCGAUAGAGCCGUCCGAGGUUUGUCCAGUGUCCUCUGAACAUUAUGCAGCAAGCGACAGUGGAAGUCCAGGGCGCAUUCCUUCCACGUUGGACGCUGGCCCUGAGAACGCGUGCCCGUCAGCAGAGGAGCCAACGCUAGACGUCCAGGCCACCUCCACACCCGUGGCGCCUGGGGCUGCUGGCCUGCAGCGGGAGAUCCAGGAGGGUGCCUACUCGGGGAGCUGCUACCAUCGAGACGGCUUGCGUCUGAGUAUACAGUUUGAGGUGAGGCGGGUGGAGCUCCAGGGCCCGUCACCCCUGUUCUGCUGCUGGCUGGUGAAAGACCUCCUCCAUAGCCACCGCGACUCGGCCGCCAGGACCUGCCUGCUCCUUGCCAGCCUGCCCGGCUCCACCCACUCCACUGCUGCGGAGCUCACUGGACCCAGCCUGGGGGACGUGCUCAGGGCCAGACCCUGGUUUGAGGAUCCCCCCAAGGCUGUGGAACUGGAGGGGUUGGCGGCCUGCGAGGGUGAGUACUCCCAAAAGUAUAGCACCCUGAGCCCGCUGGGCAGUGGGGCCUUCGGCUUCGUGUGGACUGCUGUGGACAAGGAACAGAACAAGGAGGUGGUUGUGAAGUUUAUUAAGAAGGAGAAGGUCUUGGAGGAUUGUUGGAUUGAGGAUCCCAACCUUGGGAAAGUUCCUUUAGAGAUUGCAAUUCUGUCCAGGGUGGAGCACGCCAAUAUCAUCAAGGUGUUGGAUGUAUUUCAGAACCACGGGUUCUUCCAGCUCGUGAUGGAGAAGCAUGGCUCCGGCCUGGACCUCUUCGCCUUCAUCGACCGCCAUCCCCGGCUGGAUGAGCCCCUGGCGAGCUACAUCUUCCGACAACUAGUGUCAGCCGUGGGAUACCUGCGCCUGAAGGGCGUCAUUCACCGCGACAUCAAGGACGAGAACAUCGUGAUCGCCGAGGACUUCACCAUCAAGCUGAUAGACUUCGGCUCGGCCGCCUACUUGGAAAGGGGAAAAUUAUUCUAUACGUUUUGUGGAACCAUCGAGUACUGUGCCCCGGAAGUUCUCCUUGGGAAUCCCUACAGAGGGCCGGAGCUGGAGAUGUGGUCUCUAGGAGUCACUCUGUACACGCUGGUCUUUGAGGAGAACCCCUUCUGUGAGCUGGAGGAGACCGUGGAGGCCGCCAUACACCCACCGUACCUGGUGUCCACAGAACUCAUGAGCCUCGUGUCCGGGCUGCUGCAGCCAGUCCCUGAGAAGCGCACCACCUUGGAGAAGCUGGUGAUGGACCCGUGGGUAACACAGCCUGUGAACCUUGCUGAGUACACGUGGGAAGAGGUGUGCCGAGUAAACAAGCCAGAAAGCGGAGUUCUGUCCACUGCGAGUCUGGAGAUGGGGAGCAGGAGCCUGAGUGAAAUGGCCCAGGCUCAGGAGCUUUGCGGGGGCCCCACUCCCAGCGAGGCUCCUGAGGGCCAGAGCUGUUUGCUGACCAGCUAAACGCCAGCUUCUGGCUGCUUUUCUUCACUUGGCUCGGAAAAUCAUACGGUUUUCAGGCCCAUCUGCUUGGAGAAAGUACAUUCUCAAGCGUUCCCAGCUCACCUGCCAAAAACUCACGUGCAGGUUUGAUAAACGCCAGAACAGAAGGCAGCGAUGCUGUGUUAUUUUAGGUUCAUUACAUAGAUUUGGAAUUCACUUUCUUCAUGACCUAGAAAAAUACCCCAGUGUUCAACUGUUUUAUAUUAUUAAAGGGCUUGUAAUUUGUGAACUCCUGAAGGCAUGAGUGUUUUCUCUUUCCACUCUAUACACGCCUGUGUGUUGUUCCCUCUGACUCGGUGUAUGCUCAUCUGAGCGACGGAGAUGUGAAAUGUGUAGAACUGUUAGAUGACCAGACUGUUCCAUUAAUUUAUUUUCUCAAACACUUUUCAAAUUAAAGCAUCUUGUUAGUAAACAGUUA